GGAUUUUAUUCGCGACCAGGGCGCUGCCGUGGCCGCUUCUCCCGACUCGCGCGGCCGCCUCGCUGGAUCCGCCGCUGUUGCCGGCUGCUGCUGCUGCUGCUGCUGUUGCUCCCUCCGUCAGCGCUCGCUCUCCGCCCGUGUUACCGCUGCUGGUGUAGGACUCGCCUCUCAUCUUGCUUUUCCAUCCCCUCCGCCGCUGACACCCAUCAUCGGCAUCGAUCGUCCCAGCGUUCUUCUCUCCGCCCUGGACUUUCGCCACCGGACAGCUCUCCGCGUCGCCGUGUGCCGCGCGGUGCGCGUCCGGAGACAGCAGCGACGAGCGCAUCGCCGGCCCCGACACUCGCUGUGCCGCGACGCAAGGGGGGAAGCGCUGGAUACUUCGCGCCAAGGAUCGUGCGUCUGCUUGUCUCCGGCGGCAGCCCCAGCGGCGGAGGCGCGGCGCUGAAGCCGGCAUGCCCGUGAUCAGCCCGGGCCCCGACGAGGCGGCUGCGCAGGCCCUGGCGCCACCCAAGCUGUGUGCGGGCUGCGGCGCGCCCAUCGCCGACCGCUUCUACCUGCUGGCCGUCGAGCGACAGUGGCACACCCGCUGCCUGCGCUGCUGCCACUGCAAGCAACAGCUCGACUCCGAGCUCACUUGCUUCGCCAGAGACGGGAACAUCUACUGCAAGGAGGACUACUACAGGCUGUUCGCCGUGAAGCGUUGCGCGCGCUGCCAACAAGGCAUCUUCGCCUCGGAGCUGGUCAUGCGCGCCCGAGACCUGGUGUACCACCUGCACUGCUUCACGUGCGCCUGGUGCAACGCGGCGCUGGCCCAGGGCGACCACUUCGGGCUGCGCGAUAACCUCGUCUACUGCCGCACCCACUUCGAGCUGCUGGCCGAAGGGUGCCAGCCGGGGCUUCCGCCGCCUCCACCCCCGCCACUGCUGCAGGACGACGACGCAGGCGGCAACGGAGGCACCGUCGGAGCCUGCAGUCCGCCGCUGGCGCAAGGAGCCGCGUACGCGCCUCCGCAGGGACCGUACGGAGUGCGCAAGGGCCGGCCGCGCAAGCGCAAGCCCGGAGAGCUGCCCGAGGGCCCACCGCACCUAGGGCUCCAGGACCUUGCCGGCCUGGACAGCAACGGCUCACCCAUGCUGCAGCAGCAACAGCAGCAGCAGCAACGUACCAAACGAAUGCGCACUUCGUUCAAGCAUCACCAGCUGAGGACCAUGAAGUCGUACUUCGCCAUCAAUCAGAAUCCCGAUGCCAAGGACCUCAAGCAGCUUGCCCAGAAAACGGGGCUCUCCAAGAGAGUUCUCCAGGUGUGGUUCCAGAACGCCCGGGCAAAGUGGCGGCGAAACAAUCUACGUCAGCAGGAGCAGCCCACAACUUCCCUUCCGGCGAGCAGUCCAGGAGGCACGAGCUCAUUUUCGGAACCAAGUCCCGGAGCACCCCUGGACUACAGCAACGCUCAAACGACCCUUGUGGUGACAGCGUCGCAGGAGUCGCUCGGAUCGUUCCAGGAGCUCUUUUGAUGGCACCGGGGCUAAACUAUUUAUUGACUGCAUCCUCUCCUCAUCACGACAUCAUCACCUCGACCCACGCGCCAACAGCAGUGAAGAAACGCGCCCCUCCCCCAGCACCUCUGCAAAGUACUGUUCCAAAGGUCACACCGACGGACCUUGCGGCGUUCGAUGCCACACCUGGCAACCUCCUGUGGGACGCUCCCUUUUACGUGCGUGUGCUCUCGGCCAAAAUGCAUUUACUGCAGUCUACGUCAUGGGAACUCAUUCCUCGGACUGUGGCGGUUCUUCUCAAAAGACCGCAAAUUAUAUAUGCGCAGAAAACUGCGUGUGACUGAAGCAUUGAAGGUGGAAAAAAAAAAAAACAGGAGAUAGAGAUAUUUAGAAAUUCCAUCACGCGUAGUGUCUGCGCUUCGGGAAAGUCAGCAGGCUUUCCUUUGCCGAGAUUUCAUUGUGCAGUGUACAAGUGUACCUCUGUUUUCUUUUUUUAUUAUUGCUUCACUGUAAAAAGAAAGUUGUACAUAUUUAUGGCUACAUCCCACCACCUAUUUCUCUGAAAGGGUCAAUUUAUUAAAAAAGAAACGCCCAUAUUCAAAUUUGUGCAAGGUCUCCUGCUAUCAACUUCAGUGUGUGGUGUUAUAUCUGCAUCGCUAGAAGAGUCCUACGCAGUGCGAUAUAACGAGGCAUUGCCCUUAUGACCAGCGCUGCUCGUUGAUGUUAACUUAUUUUUGCGGUGCAACAACCCGAGUAAAAUUUCGGCAUGUAGUCCGCUUGCGCAAGUGCCGCCGAUGGUUAUGAGCCUAUGCGCAAGUUCUAAGCAAUUAGGCGAAAACAAUGUUCGUGUAAAUUAGCGCAGCAAUGAGAGCUCUAGUAAGACUCGUGCAUCCUGCCAUGUUUCGCUCUACUUUGCGUUGACAAAUGCGAUUCUGACGUGUGCUCCCUUGCGUUGCCUGAUGUGUGCAUUCACUUCUAAAUUGAUUUGCUGUAGUGUAAAUUACGGGCACUAUAAACGAGCGGAGGUCGAUAGAUAGCUCAUUUUCACAGCGGCGUAGACUGUCGUAUCCGCCAUGUUGUGCUUCGGCACUUCGUUUAGAACUGUCGUUCCUCAGUGCAGCUUGUGAGGUUCUGAGCGCUUUACAUUCAAAUACCGAGCCAAACGCAGCCAAUGGUAGCAAUACUUUGUCUGCUCUAUCCCUCACGUUCUUUAAAAAAAGAUAAAAGAAAGAAUACCAACUCCUAGAAACCACAGUAUGUCUGAGUAAGCUUUCCAAGGACAGGGUCAUGUCAUGAUAAUGAUAAGGUUUUAUAGAUGUCCAGGAAGCUACUACUAUGGUGCCCGCAGAACGUCGUUAAAGCAAUCUGCAGGUUAUACCCGUACAUGCAUUACCUUGUCCUUAGCCCAGCCGUAUACAAAUGGACUGCCGUCGUACUAAGUCCGUGCACAGCAAGUUACAGUGCCCCAUGCAGGCAGGAUCCUCGGAAAAACGCCGUGAAGACAGCUCCAGCUAAUAUUCAGUAGUACCACAUGUCCAUAGCUUUCUACUGUAGAAUUCACAGCAAUAUAUUGGGAUGACAGCUCUUUUUUUCACCUCUAUUCUAAGCUAUCUGGCACGUCGAAUACACAGAAUUGCAGUAAAGGGCUGUUACGUUGUACCCUUGGCUCAGCAAGAAUGAAAGCCAAAUAGAAAUUACAACAGUGCUUUGUUUUAACGUAAGAGGACCUGCUGCUGGCCAAACCGAUAUCUAUUUUUUUAUCAAAGCUGCUCUUCUCAUUAUUAUUAUUCGACUGCGACCCGUCAAGCAUACAUAACUAUGAAACAUUAUGUUUCCUAGAUGCGACUGUGACAUUCAGACGUCUAGACCAAAGAGGCGGGCGGUACUUUUUUUUUUCCAUUUUUGCACGUCUUCUCUUCAUUGUAAAUAGCCCCACCGCCCUUCAGAGUCAUCGUGUUUUGUUUGGUGAAUCACGCAUCUACAGUUCGCGUGUGAUGUCAUCCUUGUAUCGAGUGUUUCUCAACGAAUGCUUUGAGAUGGUUGUUCAGAUGAAAGACGCUAUUGGCAAAAUAUAGUUGAGAUAGCGAAUUUUUUUUUUUACUACAAGCAACCAUGUUUGCAACCUUGUUUGGCGACAGCAACCUUGUUUGGCGACAUUUAGUAACAACCCCAAACCGUUCUAACAGGAUGAAACUCUGCUUGAGCGACGACGUGAGACGACGAACCAGCUUUAUGCUAGUUUCGCACGCGUGCGAGUGCCGCCAUGAGCACAAGAACAGUUGUCUCGUUCUGAUCUAGCUCCUUGCAGUGUCUGCGCAUCACCGUGAAAAGCAGAGACGGCCACACAACCACAUGCUUAAGAGAAAAGAUCGGCCACGCUCAGUUUUUGUUAUUAUUCAAACGUCAUAACGGCAACUGCGAGUCACAAAAUUACAUUAAUUUAAUCCGCUUUUAUUUUCCCGGCUCCAGGGCCAAAAACACUUACCGCUACUUCCAAAGAAAAAAAAGAAUGCUUACCGUCACGCGUCGAGCGACCAAAAACAUCGCGCAGAAGUAUUGCCAUACUGAAGCAAUUUCGCACGUCCACUGAUAAAUUGGUAUUUUUGCCACCUGAUUGACCCGUUUGGUAAAACGUCCGUUUCAUUGACGUGUAUGUAUGUUGUGAUUACGUACUGCUCGCCAGCAAAACUGUUAAACGCAAGCUAUUACGCACAUGCUACUGCGCUACCGUACUUGAUGGUACGUUUUCCUCAAGCCCAAUCGAGACAGAUCAUAUUAGCUCCAAACCGCUGGCACUCCUCCAACGCAUGACUUCAGCCGAAGGAAAUUGUACUGUGUAGGACUGCCUAAUAAGCGCGUUAACCGGAGUACUGAGAGGGCUUACGAAAUUACCUUGAUUUUCGUCUUUCACUUGCGGUGGACAAAGCUGCUGACGAGCGCUUACGUCCACACGAAUUAUACCUCACUGGCCGCUCGUUAUCUCUCUUCUGCCCUCUGUGUUUUCUGAACCCAUCUGUGUCCAACGUCGUAUGUGGUGUGACCGUUCAUGCUCGCAUGCCUGUCUGCGAGUAUACGUGAUAAGGAACUCCACAGAGUCAUGUCAAAGCAAGGAAGCGGCUCUGCAUGUACAGUGUGCAUGUUCCUGAAUGUGUGUUCGCGAUCUCUACCUGUAACUGUUGCAAAGGUUGAUUUCCAGUGACACAUUCGCUACCAUUUUCAGUGUACAUAUCGUCAUCAUUCAACCGUCGCCUGUCACCAAUACUGUCGAAGUGACGGAAAAAUAAAC